UGCAGCUUCAGUUAUUUUUCGAAAGUGUCACUGUCACGUACAGCAUAAGCUUCCAAAGUAAAAAGUGUUGAGCGCAAAUUUACAAAUCUCAAAUCAAGUAAUAAAGUGUCAGUGUAAUUUAGACAAUUAAAAAUGUCGCUCAUUCCGAUUUUGUUUCGUGAUUGGUGGGACGAUUGCUUGGACAGUCCACUGCGUUCCUCGCGUAUUCUGGAUCAGCAUUUUGGUAGUGGAAUAACAGCAGACGAUCUUUUGACAGCCCUUACUGCUGCUAGACCGGCAAAUCGUCAAAGAGCCGGCUACGUUCGCCCAUGGCGUCAUUCGAACAUGGCCUCGCGCAACGAUUCUGGAUCCACGGUCAACGUUACCGCAGACAAGUUUCAAAUAAACCUGGAUGUUCAGCAGUUCUCACCGGAGGAAAUAUCUGUAAAGGCAACCGAUAAAUCCAUCACCGUAGAAGGCAAACACGAAGAAAAGCAAGACGAACAUGGUUUCAUCGAAAGACAUUUCGUCAGACGGUACAUGUUACCAGCCGGGCACGAUCAUAACGGUAUCGUCUCUUCACUAUCCUCGGAUGGAAUCCUGACAAUCAGUGCACCGAAGAAGGCUCUUCCACCGCCGGUCGAGGAAAAGUCCAUCCCUAUUGUCCAGACUGGAGAGCCAAUGAAAAAGUUAGCCGAUAAAUCAGCGAACAAAGAAGUGAAAAAUGGAAACUAAGCAUUUAACAAUUACAUUAAGAUUUGCUCACCUCGUUGACAUAUAACGUAAUUUAAGUAACUAUCGAAAACUUGAAAUUUCAUUUCAUAAUUAAAAAUGUAACUUUGUUUUAAUACUGUACUGUUCCAA